AUGAACAUCCCCGUAGCCAAUGUCGAGCCGGCUAUGGCGCCCACGGAGACGGGCUGCGUCCUUCGCACGACGUACGAUGGAAUGGUUUCAUUAGAAGCAACUCUUCAGGGACGGCGGUUCCAUGCACCACGCCGACUACGUGAGAGCGAGAGGAACCAGGCCAUCCAAAGCGGCGCAGUGUUCAUCUACGAAGAAGGGGCAUCUGGCAUCAAAAGGUGGACGGAUGGGAAAAGCUGGAGCCCGAGCCGGCUCAUGGGGAACUACCUCAUCUAUCGGGAAGUUAACCAACAGCUCGAUGGAGGUGACAAGAGGCGCCCCACGAAACGCCGCCGCUCCGAUGCAGUGCCUCCCCAAGACUACACCGAUGAUGAGAAAAAGUUCUACGUAGGAUCCUUAACCGACACCUACGACUUUAAGCAAGGUGGUCUUAUGAAAAAGACCAUCUCGAUCAAGUACCGAGGCAGUGUCCAUCAUAUCGUCUCGUAUUACACUCUGGAAGAUGUCAGAUCGCAGAGACUUUGCAGGCCUAGGCAGAUUGAGGACUUGAGGGACAUCCGUCCGAGAGACGAGUUAUUACGGGGUACGGCCUGGAAGAUACGACCGGACCUUGAAGACGAUGCUCCGAUCUCGCAACCAGCUGUGUCAGUCGUACGCCAGUAUGUUGCCUCACCAGUCAUACAGCAACAUGUGCCCCCACCAAUCUCAAAUCAAUAUGUGCUUCCACAGACCGCCGCGACCUUCGUACCGAACGUGGGAUUGGCGGCAGACAUGUAUUUUCCGCAGCACAUACCUGAGGUAUGGGGCCAAGCUGGUGUGUGCUGCGGCACUGAUCAUUCUUUCAUGUAUUAG